GCGGUCGAGAGGCGGUCACCAUUGGCCCCCGGCUCCGUCUGCUUGGCGGGCGGUGUCGGGACGCAGGUGCCGGCCGGAGGAGCGGAGCUAGAGGUGCUGUCGGGACUGGCCGGGCCGGGACCCGGGCCGGGGCGAGAGGAGGGGUCUGCGCGGCCUCCCGGCCCGGCCGCGGAUCAGGUGAGCAUUUAUCGAGCACUUACUGUGUGCCACCCUGUGCCUUGUCUCAUCAAACCCUCUCAACAACCCUGUAUGUAAACUGAUGAUGGCAAUUAUAAUAAGAGGCUCCUGGGACAAUGGGCCUCAGGCCCUGAGGACGUGGUGCUUCUUGUGGCCAUGACGACGGGUGAUUGCUGCCACCUCCCUGGCUCCCUAUGUGACUGCUCUGGCAGCCCUGCCUUCUCCAAAGUCGUGGAGGCCGCAGGCCUCGGGCCACCCCAGUAUGUGGCACAGGUGACUUCAAGGGAUGGCUGCCUCAUCUCCACUGUCAUCCGGGUCUUGGACACUCCGAGCGAUGGUCCCUUCUGCCGGAUCUGCCAUGAGGGAGCGAAUGGGGAGAGCUUGCUGUCUCCAUGUGGCUGCACUGGCACACUGGGCGCUGUGCACAAGAGCUGUCUGGAGAGGUGGCUUUCCUCAUCCAACACCAGCUACUGUGAGCUGUGCCACACAGAGUUUGCAGUGGAGAAGCGGCCUCGGCCCCUCACAGAGUGGCUGAAGGACCCGGGGCCUCGGACAGAGAAGCGGACGCUGUGCUGUGACAUGGUGUGUUUCCUAUUCAUCACUCCUCUAGCCGCUGUCUCGGGCUGGCUGUGCCUGCGCGGGGCCCAGGAUCACCUCCGGCUCCACAGCCGGCUCGAGGCUGUGGGGCUCAUUGCCCUCACCAUUGCCCUCUUCACCAUCUACGUCCUUUGGACGCUGGUCUCCUUCCGCUAUCAUUACCAGCUAUACACUGAAUGGAGAAGGACCAACCAGAAAGUACACCUGAAGAUCCGGGACGCGGAGGGCCCCGAGGCCGCCCAGCACUCCCUGCUGGCAGCAGGAUUCCUGAAGAAGGUGGCAGAGGAGACACCUGUGUGAAGGUUGAGCUGGCAGGCCAGAGGCAGCUGACGAUGCCCUGGCUUUUGGAAGAAGGGAAACUGCCUGACCCUUCCUGCACGGCCAGAAUGCUUCUUAGGCCAAGAGAUGCCAAGUGGAGCUGAUUCUGUGAUCCUGUGUGAGGCUAUUUUCAGAUUGUUUUGCACACUGUUGUAUAUGUGGAGGACAGAUGGAAGUGGUCCUGAGCUUCACACGGAGCAGGCACCCUGAUCUCAUUCUGAGGUCCACUCAGCUCCUUGUGGGCCAGCAGCCAUGGCCAUAGGCUCGUCGAGGGUGUCCAUGGGGCUGGAGGUUCCGCAAGCUUCUUAUGCUUCCCUGCAUGUGGCAGGCUCACUCUCCUGGCACCUUGACUUUAUAAAGUUGCACUGAGUUUCAAAAACCCACCCUGAAUGAAUAAAAGGAGCCCUUGCUGGAUAAAA